ACCCCCUGUCGCCGCAUAAAUUGAAGGUUGCUGUUUAUUUGGGUUGAUUUGACACACAGAAAGCAUGCUGAGCUUGUCAAUAAGAGACGUGCCCCCAAAGGUCCACUGGAUCCCUUUUGCUGUGAAGGACAACUUCUACACAGAGAACAUCAAGAACACUUGUGCCUCAAAUGCUGAAAGUGCAGGCAGUACUGACCGUGCUUUUAAACCUGUCCGGAACACCUGGAGCUACGCCGCCCCUUACAGAGAGCAGACUGGGGCUGACCCUGACUCUGACUGGGUCAUCACGGAAGGCAGCUCUGGAGGAAGUGCUGCAGCUAUGGCCUCUCUCACCAGCUUCCUCUCUUUGUGGUCGGAUACAGGUGGCUCCACCCGUAACCCAGGGGCCCUGUGUGACAUAGUGGCCCUGAAGCCAACCUACGGCCUGGUGUCCAGACACGGCCUCAUCCGCCUGGUCAACUCGAUGGAGGUCCCAGGCAUCAUGACUCGGGAGUGUUCAUGACUCAGCCACCGUCCUGGGUCAGGCAUGUUAUAUGGCCAUCCCAUGGGGCCUGUAUUUUUUUCCUGACCAGGUAUUCUCCAAGGCCAUGAUGUCAGACUACUACCAUAACCCUUCCACACUGACAGACCUACCGGGUGACUUUGAUGUCAGGAACAUCUGUGUGGGCAUUCCCAAGGAUACCGUAGUGGCCAUGUAUGCCACCGGGGAUUUAACAAUAUUAUACAAGGAAGAAUCCUCUCGGGGAGCUACUUCCUGCUCAGACAGAAUUAUGAGCACUACUUUGUGAUGACCCAGCAGGUGCGUUGUCUAAUAGCAGAGGACUUCAAGCAAGUGUCCAACUCGGGUGUUGAUGUGCUGCUCACGCCCACCACACUGAGUGACGCCAUGCGCAACACAGACUUCAUGCAGGAAGACAACCCCACACGUAGUGUCCAGGAGGACAUCUUCACACAGCAACAUGGCAGGAAAUAAUAUGUUCAUCAUUUAACUCUCCCUUUUCAAAGGUAUUGGGUUGGAAUUCCUAUUUCGGUCAACCCUUUGAUAACAAAUCAUCUCCAUCAGGGAAGCUGAUAACUUUGCGGGCAGUUAAAGUUUAACCCAUCUUUUAUCCCCCUCACAGUCUGGCCUUCAAACAACCUUACCCUGCCAACCCCUCUCCCUCUCGACUUUCUCACAUUUACCCCUCCAACUCUCUUAUUUUCUCCUCCAGGACUCCUUGCUGUUUCUGUGACAACAGCGUUAUCGAGCAUACCUUCCCAUUGGCCUGCAGCUAAUAGGCCCCACCCUCCAGGACAGGACACUGCUGACAGUAGCCCAGUGGAUAGAGCAGAAGGUGGGCUUUACCCCUAUCCAUUACCAUGGAGAUGCUGUACAAGGGGAGCGAGGUGCGGAGGUCCAUAAGCGAGAGCAGACCUCCGUUGUAUGAGGUGAAACUAAUGAAUACAGAGCUACUCAGAUGAGUGACAUUAUCAUGGUCAUGUAAAGGACAUACUCAAAGAUGUAUGGCCUUUUCUGGAUUUGUUCUGAAGUUACUGACUUCCAUUAAAGACACUUUAUUACUU